UUCCCUCUGUCUGCCUCCUGUAGGCCUCCCCCCCCAGUCCUCUGCCCUGUCCCUCUCUGUUCCUCACACCCCAAUCCCAGACCCAUAACCCUCUGUUCCAUACUCGGAUUGCUUGUCCCAUUCCUUUCAUUCCAGCCCCACACAAACCUGCCCCAUCCCCGCUCACCCUGAUUCCUGCCUCAUCCCUCCUCCAUCCCAUACUCCCAUCCCGAUCCCCUGCCCUGUUCCCCUUUUCUUGCUCUAUACCCCCCUGCCUCCUGCACUUUACCUCUCCAUCCCACAUUCAAACCUACACCUUUCUCUGCCCUGGUCCCAUCCCCCCACUGGCCCAAUGCCACUACCACCACCUGGUCUGUCACUCUUCCCCCCAGGGCAGGUGGCCCGAGUCUGUGAGGCCCUGCAGGAGAGUGGGGAGUUCGAGCGUCUGGCACGGUUCCUCUGGGCCCUGCCGCCUACCCUUGCCCACAGGUGCCACCAGGUCCCUCCAUGGGUGCCGGUCUGCCCUGAGCUGGGGCCGCUGGACCCCCACACCGCAGCCCUGCUGGCACCCUAUUGUAGCCAGGCCUCACCCUGUGGGGCCCCAGGGACUUUGGGGGGCCUGGACCAGUACCCAUCAUGCAGGAGACUAUCCUUCUCCAACAGCAACAUCCAGCACAGGGCCAGCAGCUUCAAGGAGAAGACACGGAACCUGCUGCGGGAAUGGUACCUGCAGGACCCCUACCCCAACCCCUCCCGCAAGCGCCACCUGGCCCAUGCCACUGGCCUUACCCCCACCCAGGUGGGGAACUGGUUCAAGAACCGCCGACAGCGGGACCGUGCUGCCUCGGCCAAGAACAGACUCCAGAAAGAUUCAUCAUCCCAGCCUCCCAAGGCUGAGAGUCAAGACACUGUGGGCCUGAGUGACAACCCAUCUCUGCAAGAGCACAGCAGUGCCCUCAGCAGGCAGAAGUAUCCCACUUCAACCAUCAGUGACAGCAAGAGCAGUCUAUGAACGGCAGAGACCUGCACCUGGCCAGGCGUGGGUAGGAGUCAUGGAUUUCCCCAUCCCCACCAUCCCCCUUGGAUGACAUGGAAGGAUGUGACCUGCAGGGGGAUGCAGCCAGAAGCCACAGGACAAAGAUUACUUGUGUAAGCAAAGGCUGAAUGAACUCUCCUCUGACAUCUAGCAAUGAGCCAAGAUGAAAAGAUAUCAGGAACAGACUGUAUUUUCAUAACUCACCUACUCUUUCUAGGUGCACAGCAUGAUGGAGCUGCUUUGCCAAAGUGAUCAGUUUUUGUUAGUCUUGGGUUACAAAUCACUUUAUUGAAUGCAGGGGUAAUGAAAUGUUGUUAUCCCUAUUAUAUGAGUAAAGGGCAGCAGAACUGUACGUAGCCUGCCCUUAUUGAGGGGCUCACCCUAAACUGAAUCUCACUUGCUAUGCAGGGGGCAGGGAUGCCGACACCUAGGGCAGAAGAAAGAGAGUAAGAGUGAGUGUUCGUGUCUGGGGUCUUACUAGGGAGU